CAGGCAAAACAAUACGUUCCUUGUUCGAACGAACCCAAACAACACGCAGAGACACCUUCACAUACACAUACAUUCCUUCUGAACAAGUGUCACGCUGCAUGCCGUGCCCCGGUCCAGACCCACGGAUUUCUUUCGUUUCACAAAACCACGGCAGACCACCGCACAAGCACGAGUAGAAAGCACAAGCAAAAGCACAAGCACAAGCACAAGCAAAAGCACAACACAACACAACACAAAAUGCACCUCUUGCAAGACACCGCGAGUUUCGAAAGGAUGGACGGGCCGGAAUUCCAGCAGCCACGGGCCGUCUCCGGCGAGGCAGCCGACAUCCUGGGCAUCGUCGUCGGAGGMAGCCACGGCCACGGCAAGAAGCACACGCCGGCGAGGAAGAGCCUCUUCUCGUGCCCCGGYUCCGAAUCCGACACGGAGGGCACCUCGGACGAAACGGACGAGGAGGAGGCGGAGCCCAAGGACCCCUGCUUUCCCAGCGAAUCCUUCGAAACGGAAGGGGCGGUGCUGCUGGUCCCCCUCGAGUUCGACAACUACGUCGACAAGCGGUCCUACUACCGGCCGGCCGGCGGAAGGAGCAGCCAGAGCCGGAUCCGGAGGCGGCGGGAGUUUCUCCUGGACGACCUCUCGGGGAUCACGGGUGCCCUCGGGGACGCGGGCGCCGGCGUUGGCGCAAGCAUGGGCAUGCGCAGGCGCAGGAGCGCACGGGGGUUCUCGGACGACGAGGAGGGCCGCGGGGGCGAGAACGACAGCGAGAGCGACAGCGAGGGGGACGACGAACCCGGUGCCCAACAAUAGAGAAGAGAUCCACCGGGAAGCACACGAUCGAUAGAAAAAGAGCAUGCUUGUUAAAAAAGACAUGCGGCACUAGCUAGAAACUAAUCGGCUCUUGGGAGCAAUUUAGAGAUGCAAUCAUAUGUUAGAAGCAACAACACAAUUAGGAUACUGUCAUAUUG